CGAACGACGUCUUGGUUAAAAGAGUCUCGGGGAAACAUUGGUAUAAUGACUUGACUUCUGCCGAUUGAAGCCGUGGUAGGCACUCGAUGCGAAUUAAACGCAAACGAAACGCGAUUAUAACAAUUGCAAAGUUAAACGACUCGAAAGAGCAUUACCGCGCCGUAGAUUAAGGAAAUCGAUAGAUCGAGCUCAUCAUCGAGCCUCAUCUGUGAUUAAAGUGCUUGUGCGUGCACGACGAACGGUCUCAUACGAUAAGAUUGAUAUAUAUUUUGUGAAAACCCUCCGUAGAAUUGGAUUUUGUGAAUAGCAACGUCAACAUGAAACGACAACAGUCUCAGCCAUCACAGCAGCAGUUGCAACAGCAACAGCAACAACAGCAAACAACCAUGCAGCAACAGCAGUAUAUGCAACAGAGAACUGAACGACAGAUCACCCGGCAACAUGUUACCAGUCAACAAAGAGUGCAAGGAGAGAUCACGAUGCAGACUUCGCCCACGAUACCAACGUUCACGGGCAGACCAGGUGAUCCAUCGCCGCCAGUUUUUCAACAGAUCUUUAAGAAUGCCAGGUUUGCGCAAGGUGGUAAUGCCGUAUUCGAAGGACGAGUAAGUGGUACUCCAAAACCCUCCGUCUCCUGGACUCACAAGGGGGCACCUCUCUUGGAGUCACAGAAAUUUCGGAUGACAUACAAUAGCCAAAGUGGAAUAGUUAAGCUACAAAUAAAUCAAAUUGGCCCAGGAGAUGAAGGAGAGUACACUUGUAAUGCGAAAAAUCAAUAUGGCGAAGCCAUUUGUUCCGUGCACAUUCAGCCCGAAGGAUUCGGACAACCACCUCAACAACAAUUGGGUGGAUUCAAAAAGGAAUACUCACAAAGUUUUCAGUCAACUGAACAAAAAUCUGGAAGUCAAACCUUCCAACAGCGUAGUUACCAACAGUCCACUGAAAAUCGAAAUUAUACAAAUGGAACGAAUUCUACUUCCAUCGAAGACUUUAAGGUUGACACCUUUGAGUACAGAGUAUUGCGAGAAACAGAGUUUAGAGAAUCAAUCACCCGUCGGUUCAUGGGUGAAUCUGAUUCACAAAUAUCCACGAACGUUGACCGAACUCUCGGACCGGUUUCUCCUCCUCAAAUCACACAAAAGCCCAGAAACUCAAAACUUGCUGAAGGUUCCGAUGCAGUUUUCAGCUCCAAAAUAUCUGGAAAUCCGAAGCCAAGGUUAACUUGGUUCAAAAAUGGGCAAAGAAUCAGUGAUUCUCAACGUGUCGAAACGAGCUACUCGAAUCAACAAGCCACUUUGAAGGUUCGAGUAGCUCGCCCAGAAGACAGUGGACACUACUCACUUUUGGUAGAAAAUCCUCAAGGUUGCACUGUCAGCUCUGCAUAUCUUGCCAUCGAAUCUAGCGAUCAAGUCGACCAAGCUUAUGUUCCAAUCCAACAAUCUAGAGACGUUCUCAAACAGACAUCUCAGACCGAGACUGUUACACAAGAAUCUGCUGAUAGUGGAAAAGUCCUUGCUCCAAACUUCAUCAGGACGUGUGCUGAUCGCGAUGUUACAGAAGGAAAAAUGACAAGGUUUGACUGCAGAGUGACUGGUCGUCCAUAUCCAGAAGUCACGUGGUACAUCAAUGGUUAUCCUGUUGCCAAUGACACAACUCACAAAAUAUUAGUCAAUGAGUCUGGUAAUAACUCCCUUAUGAUCACAAACGUCAGUCGAUCUGAUUCAGGCAUCGUAACGUGCGUUGCUAAAAAUAAAGCUGGCGAAACAUCUUUCCAAUGUAACCUCAACGUCAUCGAGAAGGAACAAGUGGUGGCGCCGAAAUUUGUAGAACGCUUCACGACUACAAAUGUUAAGGAAGGAGAACCAGUAGUCUUCACAGCAAGAGCAGUUGGUACACCAACUCCACGAAUCUCUUGGCAGAAGGACGGCAUACCGAUAGCGCCGGGCCCCGACGUGCGAAUAUCGACAGACGGCAGUGGAGCCUCGACAUUAGAUAUACCACGAGCCAAAUUCUCAGAUGCUGCCUGGUAUCAGUGCACAGCUCAGAAUGUGGCUGGCUCCACCGCCACCCGAGCCCGACUUUUCGUCGAAACACCGAAAGGAGCAAUCCCCGAACCAAGACGCCUCAACUUACCCCGACCGACGAAAGUUAUCGAACCAGAACCCGCACCUGGCCCCGAAGUGAUUUACUUGAGACCCGUGGAACGAGCAAAGCCCUAUUUACCUCCGCAGGAAGAAGAUAGGAUUUAUCCGCCUCCACGAUUCAUCAUACCCUUACGGGACGUUCAUCAACUCGAAGGUGGACGAAUUCACUUUGAGGCCAGAAUCGAACCGGUGGGCGACCCCACUAUGAGGGUGGAGUGGUACGUCAAUGGCAGAGCUUUAGUCGCAAGCUCAAGAGCGACUUUCAUUUUCCAAUUUGGAUUUUUGGCCAUGGACUUGAUUAGUGUUGGGCUACAAGAUAGCGGUGAAUACCUUUGCCGUGUAGUUAGCUCAACAGGAGUCGCCGAAUCUCGCGCCACCCUUAGCGUGACACCUCGCGCGACGAUUGAGCAAACUAGUCAACACCCCGACAGUCUUCGUUAUAUUCAGCAACUCGAGGAUUACAGCAAGUACCAAAGGCAGGAGAGCGUGGAGGAGACCUCUUCACAGCGGCCAGUCUUCAUCCGACCACUCCAGGAUCUAGGCGAACUUCAGGAGGGACGCAAUGCUCAUUUUGAAGCUCAGCUGACUCCUGUCAGUGACCCUACGAUGAAAGUGGAGUGGUAUAAGGAUGGAAGACCCAUCACAGCCAGUUCAAGAAUCACAACCAUCUUCAACUUCGGAUACGUCUCGCUAAAUAUAUUGCACCUACGAAGUGAAGAUGCAGGUUCUUAUACCGUCAGGGCUGUGAAUCGAUUGGGAGAGGCCAUCAGCUCAGCGACUCUUCGUGUUUUUGCACGUACUAACGUAACUGCCGAUCUAGGCAUCCCCGAACAGCAAAAGUAUAUAGAAGCUGCCGAUCAGUUGGAAGCUUAUCAUCAGGCUAUGCAACAGAAGUACGUUCACGAACAGCCUGAACCUACAAGCCCACCGGAAUUUAAGUCACCUAUUAAGGAUCAAAAUAAUAUUAGAGAAGGUGGUUUCGCCCACUUCGAAGCUCGACUAGAGCCAGUCGGAGAUUCUGAUCUCCGUGUUGAGUGGCUCAAGGAUGGUCGUCCCGUAGAAGCUAGUUCAAGAAUCACAACUUUCUUUAACUUUGGCUACGUUGCUUUGACAAUUAAGUUCGUCACAAUUCACGACGUGGGUGUAUACACAUGUCGUGCCUACAACAGAGUUGGUGAAGCACGCACUACAGCACAAUUAAGUGUCAUCAGCAAAAACGACAUUAUUUAUGAUAGCCAAAAUCCAACGGGUUUACAAAAAAUUCAAAACUUGGAGGACUCGAGCCGAUACACCCGGCGGGUAGAAGAAGAAACGCAAGUGUCUCAAGCACCUCGUUUCUUGGGUCCACUUAAAGGUACAAAUAAGAUUGUGGAAGGUCAAAGGGCCCAUUUCGAAGCCCGUGUUGAACCACAGAGUGACCUAACUAUGAAAAUUGAGUGGUACCACAACGGAAGACCUAUUACUGCUGCAAAUAGGAUACAAACUUACCACGAUUUUGGAUAUGUUGCAAUCGAUGUUUUACAAGUCCGCCCUGAAGAUGCGGGUACAUACACUGUUGUGGCAAGAAAUACUUUAGGAGAAGCUCAACUUUCUGCCAGCAUGGUAGUUGAGACACGAUCUAGCAUCGACACAAGUAGUAUGCACCAUGGUGCCUACGAGAAGACUCAGAGAUUCGAAGACUCGAAGUUUGUUGAACCACAAUAUCACAUCGAAGAAAUAUCAAAAUCUAAACCAAUCUUCGUUCAACCUCUAAGCGAUCCAAAACCAGUCAGCGAAGGCAAGAACAUUCACUUGGAAUGCCGCCUGGAACCAAUGGGAGAUCCUACUAUGAGAGUAGAGUGGUUCCAAAAUGGAAGACCUGUCACUGUCGGUUCAAGAUUUAGGACAUACUAUGAUUUUGGUUACGUUGCUCUAGAUAUUGUACAUGCAAGUCUCCUAGACUCUGGUGAAUAUACCGUUCGAGCAACCAAUCAUCUUGGAUCAGCUCAUACAUCUUCCUGCGUUCGAGUUAUUGGAAAAUCGGGUAUUCUUACUGACACACAAAAUGAGCAGUCACUCGAGCAAAUUCAAAUGCUAGAAGAUUCUUCUAAAUAUAGAAGAACGCAACAGGAGGAAGUAACUGUAAUGCAACCACCUCAGUUCUCAAGACCAUUACACAACAUCGAGACAGUCGAACUUACCAAUGUUCAUCUGGAAUGCCGUUUGCAACCUGUAGGUGACGCAAGCAUGAGAGUUGACUGGUUUGUUAAUGGAAGACCCGUCAAAACUGGACAUCGCUUCCGACCAUCUUAUGAAUUUGAUUACGUCGCUUUGGACAUCCUAGGAGUUUAUCCUGAGGAUUCAGGAGUUUACACAUGCCAGGCCAGCAAUCAACUUGGCGAAACAGUCACAUCUUGUUCGGUUCGUGUACAUGCCAAGAAAGAUCUUCUCCUAGAGUCCCAACACCCUGAAGGACUUGAACGGAUUCAGUACCUUGAAGAUUCUUCCAGAUACAAAAGAAAUGAACUCGUCGAUGAAGUUGUUAACGUCAAACCGAAGUUCGUCACAAAACCGAAAAACCAAGAAAAUCUUAGAGAGGGACAACAUGCACAUUUCGAAUGCAAACUCGAACCUGUUACCGAUUCCAAUCUGAAAGUAGAGUGGUUCAAAAAUGGUCGUCCAGUCACGAUAGGACACCGCUUCCGUCCCAUUCAUGACUUUGGCUAUGUCGCCCUGGACGUAAUCGACUUAAUUGCAGAAGAUACCGGAACCUAUACCUGCCGAGCAGUUAACCUUGUUGGAAGUGACGAAGUUAACUGCGCUUUAAGUUGCAAAUCAACUGCGCAAAUUUUAACUAAUACUCAGAAUGAAAUGGGUUUAGAGCAAAUUAGUUAUCUAGAGGAUCGAUCAAAGUAUCAUCGUAGAGAAGAUGUUGAAGAAACUACAACUCAAGCUCCAAUAUUCACGACUUCCCUGAACAAUGUGGAGAUUAAGGAAGGUCAAAGAGCGCACUUUGAAUGUCGGCUAAUUCCGGUUUCUGAUGCUUCAAUGAAGGUGGAAUGGUUCCACAACAAUACACCCGUUAAGGCUGGUUCCCGAUUUAUUGAAACUAACAGUUUCGGAUUCGUUGCCUUGGACAUCAUGUAUGCCUAUCCGGAAGAUGCAGGAACUUAUACUUGUCGUGCCAAGAAUGCAAUUGGUGAAGCUAUGACAUCGGCAACGGCUGACGUGCACUCUAAAAAAUCAAUUUACAUGGAGACUCAAAACGAAAACGCUCUCCAAAGACUUCGCCAUUUGGAAGAUUCAUCUCGCUACCAGCGAAAGGCAGUACAAGAAGAGUCUGUCUCACAAGCUCCCGUUUUUACCAUGCCUAUCAAGGAUCUCAGAGUUGCUGAAAAUCAAGCCGCUCAUUUCGAAGCUCGCGUCAUUCCAGUAGGGGAUGCUAAACUCAAAGUGGAAUGGUUGCGAAAUGGUGUCCCAAUUUUAGCAUCUAACCGCGUGACAACAAUGCACGACUUUGGAUACGUUGCCCUCAACAUGAAAUAUGUUAAUCCGGAAGACUCUGGUACAUACACCUGCCGCGCUAUAAACGAUCUUGGCGAAGCAGUAACAUCAGCUACACUCUUUGUUCAGUCCAAAGCCGCCCUACAAUUUGAUUCCCAACACGAAGGCUCUUUAGCCAAACUCCAAGCUUUGGAGGACUCUAGCAAAUAUCAACGUCGCGAAGAAGAAGAUGUAGUAGUUAAAGAAAAACCUUCGUUUACCGUCCAAUUGAAUGGACCUAAAAAUUUGGUCGAAGGUCAAAGCGCACAUUAUGAGUGUCGUAUUGAGCCCUAUCCUGAUGCAAACAUGAAGGUGGAGUGGUUCCAUAACGAUAAACCACUUUCCACUGGACACAGAUACAGAACAGCUUGCGAUUUUGGUUUCGCGGCUUUAGACGUUCUCUCAGUUUACGCUGAGGAUUCUGGCACCUACACGUGUAAAGCUACAAACAAACUUGGCUCUGCUACCAGCUCCAUCAAUCUUGACGUAAAAUCACGUGCUUCCAUUAUCCAAGAAACUCAACACGAAGGUGCUCUUAAAAAGAUCCAGUACUUGGAAGAUGAUUCUCGCUACAAGAGAGUUGAUCAAGAAGAUGUUGUGAUCGCAGAAAAACCUAAAUUCGGAAGACCUUUGAAAAAUAUUGAACAUCUUCCAGAAGGAAAGAGUGCUCAUUUGGAAGCUACCUUGACACCUGUAAAUGAUCCAACCAUGGUGGUUGAAUGGUACAGAGAUGGCAGACCAAUUCCACAAGGUCACAAAUUUAAAACCACUUACGAUUUUGGUUUUGUCGCCCUUGACAUUCUCUAUGCUUACCCAGAAGAUUCUGGUACUUACAUGUGCAAAGCUAGGAAUGCUGCAGGUGAAGCAGUUACUACAUGUGUCAUCUCUGUCGAUUCCAAGCAAGGAUUAUGUCUUGACACUCUGGAUGCUCAGCGAUUACAGAAGAUUCGAGAACUAGAAACUGUUGAAGUGAAAAAAGAAGUCGAGAUGGAAGUUGUUCAUCAGAAACCCGUCUUCUUAACACCUUUGAAUAAUCUUGAUCUUGUCAAGGAAGCCGAGCAUGCUCACCUGGAAUGCAGAGUCGAACCCAUCAACGACGCCAAUCUGAAAAUAGAAUGGUUCGUGAACGGCAAAGCAGUCAAAACUGGACAUCGAUACCGUAAAACUCAUGAUUUCGGUUACGUUGCUCUUGAUAUUCUAUAUGCCUAUCCUGAAGACUCUGGUACUUACAUGUGCAAGGCUACAAAUCUCGCUGGUGAAGCUGUAAAUACUUGCACCAUUAAAGUAGGAUCGCGGCGAAGUAUACUUGUGGACACUCAACAUCCUGAUGGACUUGAGAAAAUCAGAGAGUUGGAGGCACAAGGCCAUCCGGCUCGUUUGGAAGUAGAUGAACCACCCGUUACUCCACCAAGAUUCACUACAGAACUUAGAGGAACUACUGAAAUUUACGAAGGACAAACAGCGCAUUUUGAGUGCCAAGUCGAACCUCUGCAUGAUGCUAAUUUGCGAAUCGAAUUCUUUCACAAUGGCAAACCGCUUCCAUCGGCAUCUCGUUUCCACGUCACCUUUGAUUUUGGUUACUUGGCUCUUGAUAUUGGACAUGCUGUUCCUGAAGAUGCAGGACAAUAUUCUGUACGCGCUAUUAAUAACCUUGGACAGUGUACUUCAUCAAUCGAACUCAAGGUCAUUCCACGAGAAAACAUAAUUAUGGAUUCUCAGCGACCCGAGGGUAUGGACAAGAUUCGUGAACUUGAAUCUCAACAGCCAUGGAAGAGACCUGAUGUUCCAGAACCACAAACUAGACAACGUCCAGUCUUUACUCAGCCUCUGCAGAACAUCGAUGCUAUUUCAGAAGGACAGACAGCCCACUUUGAGUGUCGAUUGAUUCCAGUGGGAGACCCAACUUUGAAGGUUGAAUGGUUCAGAAAUGAGACUCCUCUUGAAAACAGUUCUAGAAUCUCGAAAGUGCAUGACUUUGGAUUCGUAUCUUUGGACAUAUCUCAUGUUCGUGAAAAUGACGAAGGUGUCUACAUGUGCCGAGCAUCCAAUCCAUUAGGUGAAGCUGUAACAACUGCCUCUAUGAAAAUCCAAACUAAAUCUAGCAUUCAAUUGGAAAGCCAUCAUCCUGAGGCUCAACAGAAGAUUGCACGACUCGAAGCCGACAAAGGGCCAAGCCGUCCUGACGAACCCGAAAGAGUAUUUGACAAACCAAUAUUUACUCAAUUAUUGACCGGUCCUACAGACUUAUGGGAAGGUCAAGUAGCUCAUUAUGAAUGCAGAGUUGUACCUGUUGGAGAUGCUAGUUUACGAUUUGAGUGGUAUGUUAAUGGAGUCGAACUCAAGAUGGGAUCCCGUUUCCAUGUCAACCAUGACUUCGGAUUCGUUACUUUGAACAUCAUGAAGGUCAUUGCCGAGGAUUCAGGAGUUUACUCUUGCAAAGCGAUCAACAAAUCAGGAGAGGCUGUUUCUUCCAUAUCCCUAAAAGUAAAGGCUCGUUCUGCUAUUUCUGGUGAUUCAAUUCAACCCGAUGCAUGGCAGAAGAUCCAAUUAAAGGAAGCUGAAAUGAACAAAGUUCCUGAUAUGUUUGUCGAUAUUACUCCUCAACAAGCUCCUGUCUUUACGACUCAUCUCAAGAGCUUUGACAAAUUAGUUGAAGGACAACAUGUUUACUUAGAAGCUCAAGUAGAACCAAGAGCAGAUCCAAAUUUACGCGUCGAAUGGUUUAAGAAUGGUAUUUCUCUUCAAACUGGAACUAGAUUGCGCAGUACUUUUGAUUUCGGUCUUGUUACGCUUUCAAUCAACAGUCUCAGGGAUGAUGACUCCGCAAUUUAUACCUGCAAAGCUACCAAUUUGCUUGGGGAAGCUGUUUCUACAUGCAGUCUGAAAAUCGCAGACAAACAUUGGCUAAUAGGUGAUACUUUACAUCCCGAUGCUCUUCCAAAGAUUGAUGCCUUAGAGCAACCACAUACAACAACGAGGGAAGAAGUUGAACCUACUUAUGAAGAACCAGUCUUUAUCAGCCACUUGAAUAAUGUCGAAUGUAUCGAAGGAGACAAUGUGCACUUUGAAUGCAAUGUUGAGCCAUCCAAAGAUCCAACUAUGAAAAUUGAAUGGUUCUUGAAUGGAAAACCGUUACCAAUUGGUGCAAGAUACAAGUCGACCUACGAUUUUGGAUAUCUCGCUUUGGAUCUUAAUCAUGCAUAUGAAGAAGAUUCUGGUUUAAUAACUGUCAAGGCUACCAAUUCUAAAGGAACAGCACAAACAACUGGUACACUUAAAUGUACAAGCAAACAAAGUAUAUACCUCCAAACUCAACAUCCUCAAGGAGAAGCUGGUCUCGAGAAAGUAAAGGAAGUCGAGGAUGCUUAUUUGUCGAAAUCUGUGAGGCCAGAUUCUGGUCCAGAACAUGAAUAUCCAAAACCCAUUUGGAUUGUACCUCUUAAGCCUGAAUUCAAACUCGGUGAAUCCGAGCCACUUCAUUUGGAAGCACAAGUUGAACCUAAAGAUGAUCCUAAUCUUAAGAUUGAGUGGUAUUUCAAUAGUAAGGCCUUAGAGCAUGGUUCAAGAUUUAAAAUGACCAGUGAUUUUGGGUUUGUCACCUUGGACUUAACCGAUGCAUAUGAUCGUGACUCUGGUAUCUACACAUGCAAAGCUUAUAAUAAAGCUGGUGAAGCAUUUACAUCUACUACAAUCUACUGUUCAACAAAAGAAAACAUAAUCGAGAGAUCGCAACAUCCUAAAGGAAUAGAGGGAUUAGAAGCCAUACAAGAUUUAGAAGAGUCACUCAAACGAGAAGAUGGCACUGCCCCUGAAAGUGAUGAAGGACAUCCUCCAGUUUUCACUUCGCAGUUCGAGAACUUGACUAACCUCUCAGAAGGUGAAAUAGCACAUUUUGAGGCAUCUCUAACUCCAACUGGUGACCAAACAAUGGUCGUAGAAUGGUUUUACAAUGGAAAAUCUUUAGAGGCCAGUCAUAGAACAAGAACAGUUUAUGCAUUCGGCAUGGUAGUUUUGGAAGUUCUAGGUACUAAGAUUGAAGAUUCUGGAACUUACUCUUGCAAGGCGACUAACAAAUGGGGACAAGCUGAAAUUAGCGUAAAUCUUGAAUGUGUGGAUAAAUCCAAGGGACAGAAACCCAAAUUCACCAGCCAGAUUCAAUCUUUGGAAGGCCUUAAGGAUGGACAAUCAGCUCAUUUCGAAUGCACACUGGUGCCUGUAGGUGACCCGAACAUGAAGGUCGAAUGGUUCCACAACGGACAACCACUGCGACACUCUUCUCGGUUCAAGAUGGUGUCUGACUUUGGUUUCGUUGUAAUGGAUAUUGCAGGUGUAAUGUCCCAUGAUACUGGCGAAUACGUCUGCAAAGCUAGUAAUAAAUUUGGAGAAGACUUUACCAAAGCUACAAUCAAAUGCUUUGGAAAAGGUGGCGUCUACUCCGACUCUCUUCAACCAGAUUCCCUUGCCCGCAUUCGUGAACUAGAAAGUUAUACCGGAGAACAGCAGUCAACACAGGCUGCAUCUGUUGCCGAAGCACCUAAAUUUAUCACCCAAAUAUCUGACAUCACAAAAUUAGUUGAGGGCCAGUCUGCUCACUUUGAAGCCAGAUUGACUCCGAUUACCGACCCUGACCUUAAGGUGGAAUGGUAUUACAAUGGCAAAAAAUUACCACAUGGUCAUCGCUACAGAACUUUCCACGAUUUUGGUAUUGUUAUUCUUGACAUUUUGUAUUGUUAUGAAGAGAACUCUGGAGUUUAUGAAUGUAGAGCAGUCAAUAAGUAUGGAGAAGAUACUACCAAAGCAACUCUUAGGUGUUUAUCUAAAGCUAAUCUUAUUCUUGAAUCACAAUUGCCAAAAGGAAUGGAAGGCGGUCUUGAGAAGAUCCAAACUCUCGAAGAUUCCAUGAUACGCACAAAGGAUGAAAGAACAGUUCAAGAAACUGGAAAAGCUCCGAUGUUCACGGUUCCUCUUAGCAAUCUUGAUGGCCUUCGAGAAGGUGAAAGUGCUCACUUUGAAGCUCGUCUCAUUCCCACGGACGAUCCAAAAUUAAAGGUCGAAUGGUUCUGGAAUAGCAAACCUCUUCGAACUGGAUCUAGAUUCCGCACAUUCUGUGACUUUGGAUUUGUUAUUUUGGAAAUAUCUCCGAUUUAUCCAGAGGACUCAGGAGAAUAUAGCUGUCGUGCAACAAAUGAAUACGGCGAAGCAGUAACAACUUGCUCCAUGAAGUGUACAGGAAAGAGGAAUAUAAUUCUCGAAUCUCAACUUCCUAAAGGAAUGGAAGGAACAAUUGGCAAAAUUGCAGAGCUGGAAGGACUUGGUAACGAACCUGGACAACUAAGUCCAGAUGAUGACACCGGAAAGCCACCUGAAUUCAUCACCUCUCCAUCAGAUCUGACUUUAUCUGAAAAUUGCCUUGCUCACUUCGAAUGCAGACUUCAACCUGUGAAUGAUUCCAGCAUGCGUGUUGAGUGGUUCCACAAUGGAAAGGCUUUACUGGCUGGUUCUAGAGUGAAAACAAUUCACGACUUUGGUUUUGUAAUUUUGGAAGUUGCUAACUGCUACCAACGAGAUUCUGGAUUAUACACCUGCAAAGCUACCAACCGACAUGGAGAAGCAACAGUAUCUUGUAAGCUUCAAGUACGAGGCCGUCAAGGUAUCAUUCUUGAGCCACAGCUUCCAAGUAACUUUAAAACAGGAACAGAAAGUAUCCAGAAGCUGGAAGAAUCAUUGUACAAACGGGAUGAGAUUAUGACCGAGGAAGAGGCUCCAAACCCACCAAGUUUCACUGUAGAGUUGAAAGACAUUGAAGUUGAAGAAUCUGGUCCAGCUCACUUUGAUUGCCGAGUUGAACCCAAGAACGAUUCAUCGAUGCGCAUUGACUGGUUCCACAAUGGCAGACCAUUCGCUACAGGAUCACGUGUCCAUCAAAUCAAUGAUUUUGGUUUUAUCUCUUUAGAUCUAUCUUACACGUAUGCCAGAGACAGUGGUGAAUACGUAUGCAGAGCUACCAACAAGUGGGGUUCAGCUACGACCAAAGCUACUAUUACUUGCUUAUCCAAGAAAACGAUCGACUUUGACUCCCAGCUGCCAACUGGUAUGAGUGGAGAGAAACUAAAGGAAUUAGAACGUGGCCCCGUCACCGAAGCACCAGCAGCAGAACCUCCGCGUCAACCUCCACGAUUUAUUACUCAAAUUCAAUCAGCCACAGUUGAAGAAUCUGAGCCGGUUAGAUUUGAAUGUCGGGUUGAACCAAAAGAUGAUCCAAACUUGCGUAUUGAAUGGUACAGAAACGGAAAGGUUAUUCCAGCAGGUCAUAGAUACAGAACAACAUAUGACAUGGGAUUCGUUUUGAUGGAAAUUUUGUAUGUAUAUGCCGAAGAUUCAGGAGAAUACAUUUGCAAAGCUAUUAACGAUCUUGGAGAAGACACUACUAGAGCAUCUGUCUCUUGUAAACAAUUACCGAAUAUCAUUCUGCAAAACCAAGUACCAAAAGGCAUGAAAAAAUCUGAAGCUCUAAUGCAAAUGGAAGCAACUAUUAAAAAAUAUACAUCAGAGGUGCAUCUUACAGAAGAUGAUCUGUACGAUGCUGACAAGAAGCAACCACCAAGAUUUGUCACACAGAUCGAAAACAAAACUGAGCUUGUUGAGAUGAACGAUACUAAAUUUGAGUGCCAACUUGCGCCUGUAGGAGAUCCCAACAUGAAGGUGGAAUGGUUCUUUAAUGGCAAACCACUACCUCACAAAAACAGAUUCACGCCAAUUUAUGACUUCGGUUACGUUGCCAUGAACUUUGGAUGGGUUUAUCCUGAAGACAGUGGCGAAUACCUUUGCAGAGCAACCAAUCUUUAUGGAACGGAUGAGACAAGAGCUGCUAUUAAAACAGCCGGAAAGCCUGGUAUUAUCUACGAAUCUCAGUUACCAAAGGGAAUGAAGAGUAUUGAAAUGAUCCGAGAAAUGGAAGCUGCCUGGCAAGUCGUUCCGGAAGAAGAAAGUGAAGAAGAAAAGGUGCGAGCACCUCCAGCCUUUGUGAGCAAACCGGAACCUGUUACAGUCGAAGAAAGUGAUUCGUCCAGAUUCUGUUGUCGUGUUACAGGUCAUCCAAGACCACGUGUUAUGUGGUUAAUCAAUGGACACACUGUUGUCAAUGGCUCUCGUUAUAAAUUAACAUACGACGGAAUGUACCAUCUUGAUAUUCCCAAAACAAGACAGUACGAUCACGGAAAGAUUGAAGUGGUAGCCAGGAGUUCAGUUGGUGAAGCACGUACGGAAACAACUCUAACUGUAAAACCACGCAGCGAUGACUACCGUGGGGUACUUAAAAACUCGCCGAGACCGUGGUACGAUUCUGAUCUCACCCAAUACCAGUCGGAACGCCAGGAUACAGAACUCGAACGUGUCUUCGAUGAGCGCCAUCAAACUGUAUCUCAAGGUGUUAAUAUCGCUACUGAACACUUGGGACAAAAGAUGAUAAAAGAGCCUGAAACUGAUUGGCAGAAAUCAGUCAAGACUAAAAAGAAUGAGGAUUAUUACAAUAAGCUGAUGGACUUGGAGGAAUCCCAAGUGCUGAAGGAAACAAGGCUUAGGGAGCAAUCUCAUCAGUUUGCCGUUCCAGGUGAUAAAGUCGUUAAUAACUCGAUGGCUAAAGGAAUGGCACAAAAAUAUCAAGAGAACUUGGAAACUCAACCACAAGAGGCAGUAGAACCACCUCCCAAAGUUGUCAGGAAACCAUUUACUACUGAAGUAGAGAUUGACACCGAGCGUUUGAAAGGUUCAGGAAGGUAUCCCCCAGAACCUUCUGAAUCUUCUGUUCAUGGACGCGAAGUUCACGUAGCAAAACAAAGGCAAAUUCAGAAAGAAACCAAAGGAGAUCUUGAGAUUACAAGGAAGAUAACAGCAACUGAGACAACCGAAAUGGAACACAAAGCCAAAACUCAGGAAAGAGUGGUUCAAGGUCAAGUGAAACCGGCAGUACCGCCAGUCUUUACUAAGAAAAUACAACCAUGCAGAGCCUUUGAACAAGAGCAAGCUAAAUUUGAAGUUGAAUUUGAUGGAGAUCCAUUACCGGCUAUCAAGUGGUACCGUGAAGAUUUCCCGAUCACAAACUCCGCUGACCUUCAGAUUUACACUUUUAGUACAAAAUCAGUUCUGAUUGUUCGUCAAGUCUUCAUGGAAGACUCUGGUGUAUUCUCAGUUAUCGCUGAAAAUCGUGGAGGGAAAGCUAAAUGCAGUGCAAAUCUUGUUGUUGAAGAGAGAAGAAGACAACCAGGAAGAGGAGGUGUUGUACCACCCAGUUUUAUUUCCACCAUUCAGAGUAACACUGUCACAAGUGGUCAGUUAGCACGAUUUGACGCCAAAGUUGCUGGAACGAAACCUAUUGAUGUUUAUUGGUUAAAGAAUGGAAAAAAAAUUGUUGCUGAUAUUCGUUACAAGACCCUAGAGGAGGAUAAUACAUACACGCUUCUGAUUCUUGAAAGUGUUCCAGAAGAUACUGGAAAAUACGAGUGCGUAGCAUUGAACAGUGCAGGAGAGGCACGUUGUGAUGCUGAGUGUACAGUUCGUGGACCCCAAUCAUCUGCCAAAACAGCAAAGCCAUCGACCCCUGGCGUGGAGAAAGCACCAACUGUUGCCGAACCGCUUAGGGAUCAAACUAUAAAGGAAGGAACCUCUGUUGCCUUUGCUUGUCGAAUCACAGGAAAGCCAACUCCUACUAUUCAAUGGAAAAAAGGAGAUAAGGUUAUCAAACCAUCAAAAUACUUUCAAAUGCAAAAGGAAGUUGAUCUCUGUACUUUAAGAAUUUCUGAGGCAUUCCCUGAGGAUGAAGGCGUUUAUAAAUGCAUUGCUAAGAAUCCUGCAGGAGAAGUAACCACAUCUGCGAACCUCAGGGUACUCGCACCUGAUACUGCAGACGUUCUACCAAAAUUGACACCACUUAAGGAUCAAAUUGUACUAGAAGGUCAACCAGCUCAGUUUAAGACUCAAGUGACUCCACCAAAAGUUAAGCCCACUAUCCAAUGGUACCGUGAAGGUGCUCUCAUUCCACAGUCGCCAGAUUUCCAGAUGAUUCAUGAAGGAAACAAUGCAGUACUGCUGAUCGCGACGACCUAUGAAGAGGACACUGGUACCUUCACCUGUCGAGCAACGACUUCAGCUGGCACUGUAGAAACAUCAGCCAAGCUCAUCGUCAAAAGUAAGAACUGAAUUCAAAUUAACUCGCUAAUUCAGUCUCGAAUGUAAUAUCUGCUCUUAAAAUUUGUCCCAACAUCCCGGUUCUUUUUUAAUGGAACCGGUAGUGAGGGUAAAGAGCUAAAUACCAAUCCCUUCAUCGCAUUGCCAUUUUCUGCGAUCUACCGUGGUGUAGCGAUUCGCCGCUUUCUUAAUAUAAGUCUCUUGUUUUAUCCUAAUGACUGGAGUGAGCCGGGAAGUUUUCACUAACACAUUCGUUUAAGUAGUACAGCACAUGUUGCAAGAACGGCAAGUAGCUUAGAGCAAACGGUUAAAAUCCCUGAGCGGCAUAAUUAUACAACGAAGGUGGUGCUAAAUGAUCUCUCGAUGCGAAUACAAACGAAUGCAUCCUCUUAUUUUAAAACCUUGUGAAAUACAAAAACAUGACAUACUCUUGAAGGCAAAUUUUCAUAACAUGAGGUGCACAAUCAGCAAAACAUAGCGAGACUUUAAAUUACCUUCAGCUGUACGUCCUUUGUAUUUUCAAGGUCAAUGAUGCAAUCGAACGAAAAAAAAAUUGGGCAAGCGAGAAAAAAUUCUCGAGAUAUGAACGAAUUAUUAAAAAUUGUUACAUUCGAUGUGAAUGACAGAAACUCAGAAUAAAGCUUCCAACAAAUGAAGUACAUAUGUACACAAGAUAUAUUUCACACUUUAUUAUACUGUAUAGUCACACUCGCAUACUUAGUUAAACCCCUUAUCGUCUAACGUUUACUAAUUAUUUAUUAUUGUACAAUGGAAAGUCUAAUAAAAAGUAUUGCAAAUA